UUGACGGUCCCUUAGCUCGCGCAGCGCUGAAACUGAUCCUCACAGAUCUGUAGCAGUGUGUCACUGGUUCACCGGGGAGAGAGAUACAAUCGCGCUUCACAAUUUGGCGUAUUACAGCCACCGGCAAUGCUUUGCAAAAUUUUUAACUGAAAGACGGAAUAACAGCAAAAAUGACGGUGGAUUUUGAGGAAUGUAUUAAAGAUUCACCCCGAUUCAGGGCGAAUAUCGAUGAAGUUGAGACUGAUGUUGUGGAAAUAGAAGCUAAGCUGGAUAAGCUGGUGAAGCUAUGCAGCGGGAUGAUCGAAGCGGGUCGUGUGUACAUCAGUGCCAAUAAACUCUUUGUCAACGGCAUUCGAGACCUGUCUCACCACUGCAAAAAAGAGGAGAUGAUCUCAGGAUGUCUUGAAAAGUGUGGCGAGAGCCUUCAGGAAAUCGUUAACUAUCACUUGAUCCUGUUCGACCAGGCCCAGAGAUCUGUGAAGCAACAGCUGCAUAACUUUGUGAAGGAGGAUGUUCGGAAGUUUAAAGAGACGAAGAAGCAGUUUGAUAAGGUGCGGGAGGAUAUGGAGAUCGCCCAGGUGAAGAACGCACAGGCACCACGCAACAAACCGCACGAGGUGGAGGAGGCCACCAGCACCCUCAUCACCACCCGGAAGUGCUUCCGGCACCUCGCCCUGGACUACGUGUUACAGAUCAAUGUUCUUCAGGCCAAAAAGAAAUUUGAAAUUUUGGAUUCGAUGCUGUCCUUCAUGCAGGCUCAGUACAGUCUCUUCCAGCAGGGCUUCAACCUCUUGGACGAGAUCGACCCCUACAUGAAGAAGCUGGCUGCUGAGUUGGAUCAGCUGGUCAUAGACUCAGCGAUGGAGAAGAGAGAGAUGGAGCACAAACAUGCCACCAUACAGCAGCGUUCUGCUCUGUUUCUUGCAUGGCAGGAUUUUGCAUACGAUGACUCCAAAGUGGAAUUCAAUGUUGAUGCUCCAAAUGGUGUGGUGAUGGAGGGAUACCUUUUCAAGAGGGCGAGCAAUGCUUUCAAGACGUGGAACAGGCGAUGGUUUUCAAUACAGAACAGUCAAUUAGUGUAUCAGAAACGACUAAAAGAUGCUUUGACUGUGGUUGUGGAGGACCUGAGGCUUUGCUCUGUGAAACCGUGUGAGGACAUUGAGAGAAGGUUCUGUUUUGAAGUGGUGUCACCUACAAAGAGCUGUAUGCUGCAGGCUGAAUCUGAGAAGCUCCGUCAAGCUUGGAUUCAAGCAGUUCAGGCGAGCAUCGCUUCUGCCUACAGGGAAAUUUCUGACAACUAUUACAUUGAGCGCUUGGACAGGACAGCGUCUCCCUCCACGAGCAGUAUCGACUCUGCCAGCGAGCCGCGGGAGCGUAUUGUUAAAGGAGAGAGUAUCCUACAGCGGGUCCAGUCUCUGCCAGGAAACGAGAUCUGCUGCGACUGUGGCCAGGCCGACCCUCGCUGGGCCAGCAUCAACCUUGGCAUUCUGCUCUGCAUCGAGUGCUCUGGCAUUCACAGGAGUUUGGGCGUCCACUGCUCUAAAGUUCGCUCUUUAACACUCGACACAUGGGAGCCAGAGCUUGUGAAGUUGAUGUGUGAGCUUGGCAACACUGUAAUCAACCAGAUUUAUGAAGGUGCGUGUGAGGAACAGAGACUUAAGAAACCUGGUCCCAGCAGCUCAAGGCAGGAGAAAGAAUCGUGGAUCAAAGCGAAAUAUGUGGAGAGGAAGUUUCUGAAGAAGAUGUGUGGCUCCGAGGCUCUGGUGGAGGGGAGCAGAAAAUCACAUCACUGGAGCGUGAAGAAGUGCAGAAGACACAACAGCUCCAUUAGAGCCCCUAAAACCCGCCGGAAAUACAGGCACGACGCCGGGAUCAUGUCACCAGCCAAUCUCUCCGCUGCUGCAGCAGCCGCAAAGUUUCGGAGAGAAUCCUUGUUUUGUCCUGACGAGCUUGAUUCGCUCUUCUCAUACUUCGACACAGGCUCAGGGCCUCGCAGUCUCAGCAGUGAUAGUGGGCUUGGCGGCAGUACUGACGGCAGCACAGACAUACUCGUUUUUGGCUCAGUGGUGGACAGCGUCACUGAGGAAGGUUGUGAGGACUCGGAUGAGUCCAGCGGAGAGGUUGAUAUCGAGCAGGAAGCGUCAGAUCUAGAGGACGGACGGGAGCUUGACCCGAACACGCUGCUUCAUAAGGCGUCACGGGCCAGGAACCUACCGGUCAUGGCAGAGGCGCUCGCACACGGUGCAGAUAUCAACUCUGUCAGCGAGGAGGACGAAAGCAAGAGUCCAUUAAUACAAGCCGUCGCAGGGGGCUCUCUGAUAGCUUGUGAGUUCCUGCUGCAGAAUGGAGCAGAUGUCAAUCAGAGGGACAUACGAGGACGGGCACCUCUGCACCACGCCACGUGUCUGGGUCACACGGGACAGGUGUGUUUGUUCCUGAAGCGAGGAGCCUCUCAGGUGGAGGUCGAUGAGGACGGGCAGGACCCUCUUAGUAUCGCUGUUCAGGCAGCCAAUGCGGACAUCGUCACACUAUUGCGGUUAGCCCGGAUGAACGAGGAGAUGCGGGAAGCGGACGGGCCCUUCGGACAGCCAGGUCAAUACCCCAGCAGCAGUCCCACAGAGCAGCAGUAUAGAAAGUGUAUUCAGGAGUUUAUCUGCCUCUCGAUUGACGAAUGCUAGGGGGCGCUCUCGAGCACUGACAGACUGUGAGGAGAACUACCUACUAAGUUUGUAGCCCUUUACAGGAAUAGCUUUAGCAAGCAUCGAGUGCUCUCUUCAACCUCCUCCCCACCUGUCCAAUUAGUUUACACGUCGUGUUCAUAUGUAUGUACAGUAUGUGGUUAACACAAAAUAUUGAAAUGGAAAGGCUAUUUACAGUAUGCCACGGCUAGAACGCCGCUGUUUUGAAUUGUGUAUCAUUCAAACAUGACGUUAAAUGCCAUUAGUUAAUAGCUUAAUCUAAUUAGUUUCUACGAAUUUGAAUUCAUUAGCAGUUCGAAACAGCAUUUCCGAAAAUAUGACUGUGCGCACUUUUCCUACCGACAGUAUUUUAGUUUUUUUUUAUGUUAUUUUGCGUCAUGUAAAUGUUGUUUGUUGUGCUUUUUAUUUAUGUUCCGUCCUGAGGAUUAGUGCAAUGAUAAUUAAAAUACGGAAAUCUGUAUCCAUGUACAUUUUCUCGUUUAGUAAGAAAACAAGGCCUUCAUGUUUAGCUAACUAGACUUUUUUUUUGUCUUUUACAUUUUAAAAACACAUCGGACUCCCCUCAUAUGCUAAUAAAACGGGUGUUUUGACCCCUUUACAAUUUUAAAGAGAUGUCAGCUAUUCGAAAUUAUUUAUAGAACUUAUAGCAACCAUCUGUUUUAUAUAUUUGUACUUGUAUUGCCAAGCUCUCAAAUGACUGUCAUGUGAUAUUUAAUGAGAAAUGCUUGUCUAGAGCAGUCUGUCUGUAGAUGCAGUCAGCAUUUGCAUGCAUUUAAUCGCUCGACACCAAGGCAAAGUGCCCAUCUGCAUUAGCAAGCAUGGUUCCUUAUUUAAACCACCUGAUUCUGUCAUUAUGUAAAAAUGCAUGAAGAAAUCUGCUCUGUGUUGUCAAUUUUUUGCCCACGUUUGGUUCAGAUGAUCCCAGUUCGAAGAGUAAGAUAUUAGAAUCCUGUCUCCCUUUCUAAUCCCUAAUGAAAAAAAAAACAUGCAUCCAAAUAUGCCUACUUCCAUACUUUAUAGUAGGCGAAACACAGUAUGUAGUAUGUCCGAAUUCAUAGUAUUCCUAAAACAGCACCCAGAUGACGUCCUGUAAAAGUGAGAUUUUGAAGUGUGCAUCUGAUGGAUACGUUACUAUCCCAUGAGGCCAUGGGAGAGGAUGUAGUACGUCCAAAUUUCCUUCAUACUACACACAUGCAUCCUUUUUUUUUUCUACAUGAAGCAGAUUUCAAACCAAAUUAAGUACCAGUUUGGUUUCAGAUGCAGCACUUUACUUCAGCAGUUAGCUCUAUGCUUAGCUAGUAGGCUAAGCUGUUAGCUUGCUAAAUAACAGAAAACAGAGAAAGGGAAUUAAUAUGACAGUUUUAGCUUCAAUAAUAAAACAUACAAAUUAAAAGGUAUUAAUUAACCUUUUAAUGAUUAAGACAGUAAAGGAUUUCUAACAAGGCAAUUAAUAAAGUACCCAUAACAAGUUGCGUCAGCUAAAGAAAUAACUUUGUGGAGUAAGGGGGAUAGGAUUCUAUGUGACACUGGCAUUUGUGGGUGGAUUUUUGCAAGUAAAGGUGAAACAUGUAAAAAUACUAAUAAUAAUAUUGGCAGAUACAAACCAAAUACUCUCCCAGUCUGCAAUUGGUCAACAAACAAAUAGACCCGCCCCCAAACUCAUGCCAUUGGUUGAGCUACUGUUGCUGUGCCAGGCUGGUUGGAUGCUUAAACAGAGCAUUGUUUUGAUAGACUGAUAGCAGCGUAUUUACGCUUUUCGGGGAUUCAACCUACCAAUGGUUUACUUAGUUUCUUCAUAUUAAGCUGACAGUGAAAAAUAUUCAAAUACUGAAAAGAAAAUUAUACACUUCACCUUUAAACAGGUAGAAUAUCUUUUCAGUGCAAACGUUCAUCUCAAUAAAAAUGUGCUUAAUUGUACACUUUCAGUUAUUGUUUUACAGAAACAUUCGCUGAGCUGAAAUGUCAUUUUUAUCUGAAAAUGGAGACAGUGUACAGAAUAGAUGCUUGCCAUCAAGGGACCAGUUUCAGUCGUUGUGUCUGGAUGUGUUUUAAACAAAGUUGAACUGAAAAUGCUUCUUAACUACUGUGCUGUGAAUAUGCUUUGACCUUUGAACUGUUCUCGACUGCUUGCUCUCUCGCUGUGGUUCUCGCGUUCAGACCUUUAACUCGUUUUCUCUUGCAACAUUCGGUACAAUCUGUUAGAUGACAUUCUGUGUUUGGAGACAUUCUUGUAUUGUUUGUACAAUUGUUUUUGUACGACAGAAAUCUAUAAAAAGAAGCUUGUCUUUUGGAAACACUGACAAACAAUAAAACAAGGUCUUGAGCUCA